GUGAAUUCGAGAGUAGUUGCUUGCGGAUGAACCGUUCUACGCCCGAUCGCGAAGAAUAAUAAUUUGGUGGUGGCCAUUGACCAUCCGUCUCGGCAGAAUCACCACAGGAAAGGCGCAGCUUUCGAGAACAGUUACGGGGUAAUAAUAAUUCUGCUGGUGAGAUUCGUGUGCGGUAAGCGCGAUUUAUCGGACGCGUGUGGAAGCGAGUGCCGUCGAUUUCGGAAAAAAGAGCGAUUGAUUGAGUGGAAUUUGGUGCAACUAGAUUUUCCGCCGAUGACGAUGAUGAUGGCCGAAGAAGCAGGAGGAGUGUGGGUUCAGGACGAGUCUACUGGUGGCGAUUUGCAGCAGUGAGACAGCAGGCAGACACUCUUCCUGCUCGCAUCAGAUCAGAACACUCCUCUUCGGUUGGUGUCAUCCGUCACGGCGACGAAAAAAAUAGCAAAGUGAAAAAAUAAUGAUUUUCAACCUUGAACGGAGCGCACAUUACCAGUGGAAUCAUCGUCGUCGUCGCAGUCGUCAUCAUUAACGCCGUAGAAGCUCGGGGUGAUUACUCCUUGAUGGUUGUUUGUUCAGUGAGAAAAGUCACGCAAAAAUAUUCAGAAUUUUGUGCGUCGUUUUGGUGCGGCAUUGGACGACGGUAUCGUCCGGAUUUCGCGUGACAGAACCAAGUGUCCUUUAGUUGAGGAGUUUUCAAAUAUCAGUGCUUCUGGGACACAGAACGAGUGCUUCUACUAAACUAGAGGAAGGUGCGGAUCGCAAGUUGCAAAUGAAGAAUGUUCUAGCGUAAUAUGUGAGAAGGACUUCAAGAUCCACGAAAUCCUCGUCAUAGCCGGUCUGUAGACUGCAGAAAACAGAGCCCCGAUCACAACAACGGAAUCAACGGAGUACAGGGGCCGACGAGGCAAACGGAAGAAGAUUCUUAUCAGCACAAGGGCGUGAAUUGAACCGAGAAAGCAAACAGUGAUCAGAAGCAAAAGGCAAAAAUGGCUUGCGAAGAAGAAGUAGUGUUGUUAUUGUUGUCGUAAAAGUGGAGCACCGCCAAGAAUAAGACGGCCUGUGCGCGGAGUGAUAUCCCGGAAAAGGGAGUUGCCCCCGAAGAAGAAGGCAAGGCAAGAAAGAAAGGAAGAGAACCGAGCAUAGAGUUCAGUUAGGAAUAACAUCACCGCCGCUCACCACCACCAGUACCCGCCCUAACAUAAACAAUGGGCAGCGUUUGGAAGCGGCUGCAGCGCGUCAACAAGCGGGCGGCCAAAUUCUCCUUCACCGUGUCGUACCAUGAGUUGCGGAUGGAAACGACGGCCAAAUGGCGCCCAAACAGUUUACACGUAGUAUGGACACGUCGUUCCCGUCGGGUGGUGUCCAGCCCGAUGGCGUGGGAACCGGACCUAGUCAAUCCGGUGUGCAGCACAAUGGCCUGGCCGAUGCCGGACAACCACACCAUCGCCGUUACACUCUUCAAAGACAUCCGAACGCACGAGCUGGAGGACAAAGACUGGACGUUCGUGCUGGAGGACGUUUCCCAGAUGGGCAAGAAGCGGCUGCUGGCGUCCGCUACGAUAAAUAUGCGCAAAUACGCCAGUAUAGAGUCCACCCAGCAAACGUUCAUGCUGGAGCUGAGGCCCGUCUCGAAGAAGAUACUCUCGGCACAGCUGGAGCUGACGCUGAGCUGUGUGUUUCUGAGGGAGGGUAAAGCAACGGAUGAGGACAUGCAGAGUAUCAUCUCGCUGAUGUCGGUCAACAAUGUGACCGACAUUGCUCCGUUGGACGAUUUGGAAGACAUUCCGGAUUUGGAGAACUCGAUAGAGAUUUCCGAGCACGUGUUGGAUUUCACGCAACAGUUGGAACAACUGACGAGUAGUUUGCACACUUCGGAUCUGGCGACGCCUAUGAGUGUUCCAUCACUUUCGGAUGACCAAACACCAGUGAUGAGUGGCUCUAAGGACAUGUUCAAAGAGGUUCUCAACGAUCGAGGCUAUAUUUCUCUCACAAGCGAAGGAGGUAGCAACAUAGAUCCAGAUGAGAAAGACUACAGUAAACAGAAACCUCCUGAAGUAACUAUAGAAGACCCACCACGGACAGAUCCGGACUUCCGGAAAGAGCGUUCCCCUGUGGUGGAAGAGCAUCAUAAGCUGGAAGAGGAACAGCUUGAUCCUCUGGAAGCGCUCGAAGAGGAAAAGAGUCCACCGCCGAAGCCGACGAAACCACCGGCACCGGUGGCACCCCUUCUACCCCUAAGCUCCCGCAUAGAUAGCGAACUUACCAAAAAAUCUCCCGAAGAGCGACAGAGCAGUCGGGCGGAACUGAAACCGCUGAAUCUGAUCAAGAGCUACGAUCAUCAACCGCCGGAGGAGAAGAAAGCCCCGGUCGCUGAGCCAGAGCCGCCUGCACCGCCGCCCACGGUCAAUGUCCCAGUGCCGGAACCGGUGACCGAUCCGGUGAAGAAACCAAUCCUUCGGGAUAGCACUCCGGGGCAGGAUUUGCUCGAGUGGUGCAAGGAAAUUACCAAAAGCUACAACGGAGUUAAGGUUACCAAUCUCACCACCAGUUGGCGCAAUGGGAUGGCCUUCUGUGCGAUCAUUCAUCACUUUUACCCUAGUUUAAUCGAUAUGAGUAAGUUAUCUCCCGGCAACGUGAUAGAGAACUGCCGGACGGCGUUCGACGCAGCGGAGAAGCUGGGCAUCCCCCGAGUCAUCGAACCCCGCGAUAUGAACAUGCUGGCUGUGCCGGACAAGCUGGCCGUGAUGACCUAUCUGUAUCAGCUGCGGGCGCACUUCACCGGCCACCAGCUGGAGGUGCACACGAUAGAUUCGGGCAUUCCAUGUCAGGCUUGCUACCUAGCGGCCGAACAAGCCAUGUGCAUUUAUUCUCAAGCGAAAAAGUUGCAGCGGGGUGAAACCUCGGACGAUUCCAGCUACGUGAUCGGCAACUACAAAUCGGACAAACUGACCAAAGACCUGCUCAACCUGAACGACAUGAUCACCCCGAAGGAUGACGAUCCGUUGAAGCGGGAAGCCAGCAAAGCGCAACUGCUGGCCAACUCGAAGGCCCUGCUCGGGAAGGUGCUUUCGCCUACCAAAGAGAAGCUAACAUUUGGAACGCCGGCGGCCGCCAUCGACGGCGGAAACGGCCCGCUGCUGCCCAACGGUACGUUUGCUGUUGCGGGCACCGAGAACGGUAGCAACAGCGUAGGUGGUGGUAGUAGUAGUAGUAAUAGUUCCGGCGGCGACGAUGCCGGUGGACGUGGUGUUGGUGGUGGUGUUUGUGUCGGUGGCGGGAAUGAUAUUAGCAAUAGCAGCAGUGCAAUCAAUAACAAUAGUAUCAAUAAUAAUACAGCGGAAUUGAACGGAAAGGCGAAACUGAUGCUGAGGGCGGGAGGAUGUGAUAUGACGACGAGAAACAGCGAACAGGAUGCGGAACAGAGCGCGCCAGUGCUGGAUUCGGCAAUGACAAACACAAUUCUUUUGCGGCAUAAGGAAAUGAGUGAGAAGGCUAAAUUAAUGAUUGAAAAGCUUAGAGCGACUAGUGUAGAUAAGGGUGGUGACAUUGAUGCUAACGAACGCCAAACGCGGUUACGAGAACAGGCGCGGAAACUGAUCGCCGAGACGAAAGCCAAAACGCUGACCCUCGAUUCACCGUCGUCUCCCACGAAGAUCAGCACGGCGCAGAGGAUGAACUUCUCGCCGGAGCGUACCAUCUCGCCGAUCAACAACGUGCCGGAGUUUAUCUUUCCGAGCGUUGCGAUGUUCGGCAGCGGCCGGCAAAACGGUAAGGACUCCUCGCCGGUGCGGUUCGGUGCCGGAGAGGUACGAACCGCCGACGAGCGCGAUGCCAACCGGAACCAUCUGCUGAAGCGGACGACACCCUCGCCGAACAAGCUGUCUCCGUCGUUGCUGGAGAUGAUUACGCCCAAGCACGAGGGAAGGGUGGAAAAAGUCAACUACAUCCAGAGUGAGUUGAACAAACUGGAACGGGAGCAGGAAGCCAUCGAUCAGAAGGCUAACGCCCUGGAGAAGAAACUACGAGCUGUGAUGGGAGGCACAAUGACAAAUGUGAGCGAAACCGAAGAUCAACUCAUGUCCCAGUGGUUCACGUUGGUCAACAAGAAGAAUGCCUUGCUGAGGCGGCAGAUGCAGCUGAAUCUACUUGAACAAGAGAACGAUCUUGAGAAAAAGUACGACAUGCUGAAUCUGGAACUGCGGGCGGCCCUCUCGAUCGAGGACUGGCGCAAAACGGAGGAACAACGGGAGAAGGAAGCCCUGCUGCUGGCCGAACUGGUGGCCAUCGUGGACAAGCGCAACGAACUGGUGCAGAACCUGCACAGUCAGGAGCAAGCGAUUGAAGAUGACGAUGAAAUUGAGCGCAAGCUGGAAACUGUGGACAUCAAUCACAAAGACGAGAAGUGCGUCAUACAGUAGACGGGUGGAGCUGGCGGAACUUGAAUGAAUACUCAAAAUUCGGUUGAUGCGAGGUGGAUUGUUACCCUAAGGACUUUAAUGGGAUUGCCGUGCGUCAUCUAGCGCGUAAUUGUAGAUAGCUUCUUCUCACACGUAAGUAUAGAACUAUUUCUCUCGCCGUUCCAAGGAACCUGCCGCGACCCGAGUACAGGAAUAUCGUAACCGUUCGUACUACUACAAACUCUAAGACGUGCUACAUCAUCAUCAUCUUCAUCAAUAUCGGAACCAGUGAUCGUCGUAAUUUCCAAAAAGAAAAACCAUCAAAUUGGUCAUGUUUUGUGACGCGGAAAAAAAACGGAGGUACAAUCGUCAUUGCCGCACCGGGAAAAUUGUAAAACAAAAACUAUUUACAUUUGAAUAUCAGUUGAGUCGAAGUUUCGGGAUAUUUAUCGAUUCAGUCAGUGUGUUGUCUUUAAGUAUCGAUUCCGUCCGGGUGAUUUGAUUUCAUCGAGCUAGAAGGGUGAAACUCGAUGUGCGCGUAUCGAUAGGGGUUGAUGGAAACGUAGGUACCUACUGCUGCAACCUUUUCAUAUUCCUUACCAAGUCCCCACAUACACUUAUCCCAUUUACGUGCAAACGCGCUGUUUGUUGUCCUCUUAUUUGAUGAGGAGGGAAGCUGUUUUCUUUUCGAAAAGAGGGAUUUCAUUAAGUUUUAGGUUACCGUGUUCGGCUCUCAGUUGUACAUAUCUGUUUUAAUUUUAAAUCAUAUUUUAACCAAAAAAGAAAAUCGAAUCACUUGAGCUCUCCAGAAAACCCAUUACCAGUCGAUGGAAUGAGCUGCUCAAGAACUCAUAUUACGAUUAAAGAAAUGUGUGUGCAAAUAUUUUACUCGUUUUAAAAUUAUUUUUGAGUGGACAUUAUUAGCUCGGAAGUCGGCAAGGCGCAGAGACAAAUUAUAUACCCUUUUCGCGGUAAUGAUUACAAUAAUGCUAUAAAGAAAGGAAACUUUUACGUGAUACCAAUUGUGAAAAACUCCCAAUACAUUAACAUAUAUUUUAUUUUUGUAAGCUUUUUAGUACGUCGAACUUAAGUAGAUUUUCUCUGAUAUCUAAAAUUCCAGAGAACAACGUAGAUUUUGCGCUAAAUCCAAUAUGAACAAAAACGAAAGAAUUUUCACAGGAACUUUGAAAGGGUUUCAACCAAUCCGGAUCGGUAUCUAUUUUGCAGCCAGUCUAACAGUAGCUUUGGCUUACUUUUCUCGGCACAACCGCAGCAAAGGGAAUAGAUGAAAGUCAGUAAGAACAAGAAGAUUAUAACAAAAUAUGAUAUUCUAGUCAUUCGAGUAGUAGUUUUAGCUAAACAAAAACGGGGAAACUAAUUUAAUAUUGUAUUUGGAUAAUGAUAGUAUUAUGGAUUCAUCUGUGCUCUAUAUAUACACAAUACACAAGAAAUCACAAAAUACUUACUACUGCUAGACGAACAAACGAAAAUGACUCGACUAACCAAAAAGCCCAGAAUAAAACGGUAUAUAAUGGAAACAAAGAGCUCUAAUAUAUUUAUAUAUAUGUAGUAGUCAUUGCAGAGGAAA